AGAACCUUAUAGACAAUAACUUAACAAGCAUUUAUAGUGCGUAUGGGUACAUUAUUUGCUGGAUUUGACAUUAAAAAGCGUAACGGACUGUGAAUUCCCGUUUCAAACAGUCUUAAAACAACAACAGCAGUUUUUAUAUUAUCCCGGCAGAAAAAAAGCCUCGUCAGUUGAAUGUCGUCGGCCUCUUUCUGUUUGUUUAGGUUUAAUUCUCUGUAGCAACGAGUAAACACGGCGUGAAGGCGACCUGCUUCAGCGUCCGACACGAUCAACAUGGACAAACACGCCCCUAAAUUCAGCAAAGUUUCACUGACACCUGAGCCAUAUUAUAUACCGGGCUAUACAGGGCACUGUCCACAGCUGAAGUACAGUAUGGGGAAGUCUUAUGCCAAGCUCACAGCCGAGCUGCUCACCAACCCUGAGGUGAGACACUCCGAUCGCUUGGUCCUCCACACGGCUCAGCCCGACACUGCUCUGACACUGAGCAGCAGUAACGUGAGGGAGGUGAUACCUGGAUUCACAGGGUUCAUUCCGAGAAGACAAAACCACUUUGCCUGCAGCUACUCUGAAAUGUGUCGUAAAUCGCUGUCUGAGUUUUACCAGGAGAGAAGAGCAAAGACGCAGUCAGCAGACCUGCUACCUGAGGUUAACUAUGGCAACCAACAAUUUGAUAGACCAAAACUCCCAUUGACAGCAGUCUCUGACAAAGUGUUCAUCUACAAGCCCUUGAAGUCCUUGACCCCUACUUUAAGUCCAUAUUUAAUGGAUGCUGAUGACCCACACAAGUACUUCAUCUCAGGUUUUACAGGGCAUGUGCCAAAGUCUCGCUACCUAAUUGGCAAAGGUUUCCCCAUCAUUACCAACCAGGCACUGACCCAGUUUGGGUCACAGCAGCGACGCGACCCCACAUCCCAAAACACCUCAGGGGAGAAGGACAGUACAGUAACUUCCAUGCCUAAAAUCUAUCCAGCAAAUACCGGUUUGGUGCCAUCAUUCACAGGACACAUCCCAGGGUACAAGUUUACCUAUGGACAUACCUUUGGUCAGCUAUCCAAGGAGGCAUUAGAAAAGAGUGGCAUCAAGAGGAUCCUCCUGGAAAAGUCAUAAAACCAUCAUCCACGUUAAUAAAACGAUUUCAAACUUA